UAACGAAGCCCUAGUGGGUGAAGGACUACAAGUCCCCCAAACGUUCUCUGUUGUUUGCAGCAUCCCGUGCAAGAUCCACAGAUCGUGUUGAAGUGUACAGAGAACGUAGUGAGAAUUGAAAACACGGGGUUAAGUUGUUGUAGUCUUCAUCUUUCCUGCAAAGCACUCUCUUGAAACGUUGCCAAAUAGCUGUUUUGCAACUGCAGCUCCUCCCUUGCAAGGUUUAUCGCCACCACCCUCUCACUGGGGAGCGCCUAUUACCUUUGGCUGUUCGCUCCUCCCGAGUCCAGUCAGUAUCGUUAGCUAGUUAGCUAGCUAGCUAGCGACAUCGAAAGAUUGACCCAUGUCCUCUGAAGAAGUCUCAUCGAUAUCGGAUUGGCUCUGGCUGAAUUCCUGGUGGCUACUCUUGCCUUUCAUCAUGCUACUAGUUGUUGCUGCAUUUAUCGUUGCCUUCGUGUUGCUGCUCUACAUGAUAUCACCACUAAUAAGCCCCAAACCUCUGAAACUGAACGGGGCCCACGUCGUGGUCACUGGCGGCUCCAGUGGAAUUGGGAAGUGCAUCGCCAUCGAGUGCUACAAGCACGGGGCCUUCAUCACAUUGGUGGCACGCGAUGAGAGCAAGUUGCUCCAAGCAAAGAAGGAAAUUGAAAAUUUUGCCAUAAAUGAUAAGCAGGUCGUGCUGUGCAUAUCAGUCGAUGUGUCCAAGGAUUAUAGGCAAGUGGAGAGUGUCAUCAAACAGGCUCAGGAGAAACUGGGACCUGUUGACAUGUUGGUGAACUGUGCCGGCAGCGCCCUCUCUGCGAAGUUUGAGGAGGUGGAGGUGGACCGUUUCCGGAAACUGAUGGAGGUGAACUACCUGGGCAGCGUCUACCCGACCCGGGCCGUCAUCACCACCAUGAAGGAGCGCAGGAUGGGCCGCAUCAUGUUCGUCUCCUCCCAGGCCGGACAGCUCGGCCUGUUCGGCUACACCGCCUACUCCCCGUCCAAGUUCGCCCUGCGGGGCCUGGCCGAGUCUCUGCAGAUGGAGAUGAAGCCCUAUAACAUCUACGUGACGGUGGCCUACCCCCCUGACACUGACACCCCUGGCCUGGCAGAGGAGAAUAAGCUGAAGCCCUUAGAAACUAAGCUGAUCUCUGAGACGUCAGGGGUGUGCCAGCCAGACCAGGUGGCCAAAAUAUUUGUCAAGGACACUGUGCAGGGGAACUUCAGCAGUUCAGUGGGGCCUGAUGGCUAUAUGCUGUCCGCUCUCACCUGCGGGAUGAGUCCAGUCACGUCCAUCACAGAGGGACUACAGCAGAUCGUGACCAUGGGGCUCUUCCGCACCAUCGCCCUCUUCUACCUGGGCAGCUUCGACAGCAUCGUGCGCCGCUGCAUGAUCCAGAGGGAGCAGCAGUCCAGAGCUGCCGAAAAGAAGGAGUAACACGGAACCCCCUCCUCUCCCCCCCAUCACUCACACAUUCCCACCCCACCCCACCCCCCUCCUCUCCCCCCCCCGCAGCAGCACCAUCCCCUGCCCAGAGAUGCUAAAUUAGCCCCCUACCCCGCUAGCUGCAGCAGGCAGAUGAUGACUCUCCCUCAGCUCACCAGAGGAGGGCCACGCACACAGCAAGCAGGGGCCUGCCCACCGGAGUCAUGUAGUGCGCACCGCGGCAGGUGGCCACCGUCUCUCCGCAGGUGGCCAUCGUCUUUCCGCUUGUCUUGUCUUGUCUGUCUGUCUGUCUGUCUGUGUCUCCUGUGGUUCUGUGGGAGUGUGUGUUGUUUGUUGUUCUCAUCAUUCUUAAUUGUUAUUCUUCGAAGGAAUCGAUAUUUAAUUUCAGAAGAGAUUGAUUCUUCAGGUGACACUGUUUGAGGUUAUGUGGAAGCCUGUGUGUGUGUGUGUCUGUGUCUGUGUCUGUGUCUGUGUGUCAAUGCCUGUUAAACAUUUGACAUAGUUUUGGGAGAGAGGAUGUCUAAAGCAUUUCUGUGGCCACAAGUGUGUGCUUCCCACAGCUCUCUCAUUCCUUGCAUGCUGCAAAAGCUGAAAACGUGACGGCCAGCCGGACCGAGAGCUUUUGUUUGUUUUGUGAAUGAGUAACUCAGUGAGUGCUUUAGAAGAGCUCUCUCUGUCCAUCUAAAGCACAUCUUUACACACAACAAAGCUAGUUGCACAGUUUCCACAGAAGUCAUAGAAGAGAGCUGUGUAGGAGUGUAGUGUCGCUUUAUGGUAGUGCGUUAUAGUGGGGCGCCACGCUGGAAGAAAAAGAGCCUCGUGCCAUGCGGCUUUCUGCCGGAGUUUGUUACGUCGUGUGAUUAUGCCAAAUGUCUACUCGUCCCCUCAGAAGCAUUCGGGGGUCUUUGCGGGCGAAGCACUCCUCAUGUAGAGGGUCCACCCCUCACAUCCCUUUAUAAAAGCAGAAAUAUUCACUCUUUGUCUCGAAACACACGCUCACACGCUCUCUUUGUCUGUAUAUAUGCUAUAUUCUAUAUGGAAGGGUGUAUGCGCCCAGAUGUCUUGUAGAGUAGAACUUUACAAGCCUUACCUUGUAUGCUUAUGUUGGCAGUCCUGAUGGAGAUGUUUACGGGGUGUGUGUGUGUGUGCGUGUGUGCGUGCGCGUGCUUAUGUGAAUGUGUGGAUGCAAGUUAGUGUAGGUUUUACAUGACCUCAGGAGCUCUGUGAUAAUUGUGAUUGCUGGAUGGUGUCAGUGAAAGCCAUGUCAGGGGGAUUAGACUCGCAGGUACGAGUCAUUGCCUCCAUUGGCCAGAGGAGGGAGCUGGAGAGCUGAUAUUUGAAUGGCUGAGGGCUUUUUCGUGUGCUGCACGCUGGUGGUUAGUGCUCUUCCUGGGCGCUGACAUCGACUGUCUAGUGAUUUAGUCAGUGAUAAUGAAACAUCUCUGACCAGCUGCAGUCAGACAAACCCUCUGGUAGUUUCUAGCUGUGCUGUUGUCUUUUCAGAGAGAACUUGUCCAGCCUUGGGCAAAUGUGGCCUUCAGGUGGUGACCGAUUGAGGCGUCAGAUCGAGGAUGCCAUUUCAACACGUUGUCCCGCACAUUUAUUAAAAAUUUUUUAGUGGACACAUGCAUCACAGAAAUGACUGCAGCUCAGGGGAAGCCGCCCCCCCCCCCCCCACUCAUCCUCAUUUGCCACAAGUCUGGACGUCUCCUCUGUAGACCAGGAAGGCACUGCUGAUUCUGAGUGGACCAGGUGGAUGGUUUCAGUAAGUGUGUGUGGUGUUCUCAGUCAAGUCCCCUCUGACCCCCUUCCUCUAUUAUCUCUGUGUCACUCCAUUCCCUGUCACUCAAACACAGUACACUAAAGAAGACGGGAGACAGAGAGCAGUGAAGGAUGAAAGAGAGAGGUUGUCUUCCUUUUUUUUUUUUUUAAAGCAUCACUUGGGAAGAAUGUACUGCUAAUACAAACCACACUAUUGGGGGGGAAAUAAUAGAUAUUUGCUUUGUUGUUGUUGUUGUUGUUUGUUUGUUUUGUUUAUAUUGUCUUUGGAAAUGGCUUCACCUCAUCCCAAUGGCAAGUUUUGAGAAUCAGCUGGCUUAGUGUAGUGUUGAUUUCGGUUUCAGUUGAAUCAGAUUCAGUCGAUUGCAUUUGUUCGGCCCGUGCUGCGCUGCUGCUGUUUAGAGAAAUGAAGCGAAGGCGGUCAGGCGCUACUGGCUUGGCGGCCCAUUCUGCUGGAAGAGCCUUAAGAGAUACGCUGCAUUCAGUAAUACAACGCCUAGACGAAUGGAUCCGUCCACAGCAAAAUGUGGCUUAAAUUCGCUUUAGGUUCGCAGUCUUUCGUUUGAUUAAAUCCAUUUUUUUGUCCAUUGGGAUAUAUAUUGCUUACUCAACUCAUCUUGAUUUUUGUGUCGUUGCUGUUGUUUUUUUGCUUUGCCCUUUUUUUUUUUUUUUUACAGAAGGCCUUAGUAUGACCCAAAAUAUGAAAGUGAGAAUGCUUGACUCGGUCUGAUGAUGUUCUCAUUUGAUGUUGGCACAAGGCGGGGGCAUUCUCCAGCACAGCAUAGCGAUCUGUAUCAGGUGCUGAUUAGCCGGUUUUAAACACGCAUGAUCGCCGUCUCAUUCUCAAAGUAGCGACUUUUAAUUCAAUAGCCAGUUGGUACGUAGCUAGCUCCCAGAGAAGCAAUCAUUUUACCCUGAUGUUUUAUUUUCAACACCUUUUUAAGCUAUGCAAAACUAGCCUAAGCUCACCGUGUAUUCAAACAUCACAUAAGACAAUUCCUGUGCAACAUUCCUUAUCGAGGCUAAGCUCUAGAUUUCCUUUUUGUUAUGUACGGCUGAGAGGUAUUUAAAAAAGAAAACUGAGUUUAUUACCACUAAAACACUGGAAUGCAUUCCUUUUUGUUGCCGUCUUCUAGGUCUCUUAUCCUCUGUUGCGCCUUUUGCUUUUAUCGUUUGUGUUGCCAUACUUGUAUAAAUUUCACCUUGUGUGCCAUUGAGAAGUAAAGAAAAGGAUAAAGUUGUUGCUUUGUCUUAUUUUCUUACAUGAUACAAAAUAAAUAACUUUGGAAAAUCUA